AUGAUGAAUCUCGAUGACAAAUCACAAUAUUUUGGUUUAAAAAACGUGAGAGAUUACUUGGAAUCUCUCAUCUUGACAUGGCGACCACUCGACCUACCACCGCCGUCAGCUCCAGCAGCAGUGGAAAGUUGCGGAGCCAAAUUGGACAAACCAAAAGGAGAAUUUCGGAGCACUUGUUGGACAAAGUACCCGGAACGGAUUCAAUCAAUGGCUACAAUGCUGAAGAUACAUACGACUCCCUCCAGAAAUCCCCAGAAUCUCAGAAUCUCAGAAUCUCAGAAUCUAAGAAUCUCAGAAUCUCAGAAUCUUAGAAUCUCAGAAUCACAGAAUCUCAGAAUCCCUCUAAACUUUCUAUCCGUUCCACUUUACGAUUUCUCAGAAAUGUUCCUCUUCAAAUUAAAGUUCGUCCAAUCUCCAAACCGUCACCGGGAGUGUCGUGACCGACCAGUUGUUAGAAAUAGACUCUAG